AUCUACCACAAACAUCAACAAAACGGAUUAUUUAAUCAAUGAAUACCGAAAGUAGAAGCAGAAGCAGAGAAGAUCAUGUAUCAUGGCUUUGAGCACAGAAGCUGAAGCAGAAUUGGAGGUUUUGCACGCUUUCUAUUGUAAACCAGAUGAAAUUCUCGAACAAGAAGAAUCUUCCAGAAGAGUGGUCACUGUCAAGUUGGAUGUAACCGACUCAGCUGCUGGUAUCGGAGGACAGGAUCUGUCUGAUGUGCUCAGUGCCGUUGUGUGCUUUACUGUACCUCACACAUACCCAAGGCCCGGCCUGGAGCUGCGAGACGUUCACAGUUCUGUUCUCACCGACCACGCUCGGCUGAAUAUAAAGCGACAACUGAGGGACAAGUUAGUGGAAGGAGAAGACAUUUCAGCUCUAGAGUUCUGUAGUUUUGCUCAACAACUUUUAGACGAAGAAGUUACCAGAGCGCAUGGAUCAAGAAGCUCUUUUGGAUCUAAAGAUUACCCUCACACCGAUAUUCAUCAUCAGUCUAGGAGAGAAGCUGACUGGGAAAGUAGUGAAAACAGACAUGAUGACCUUGACAGCAGCAAGGUGAGAAAAGAUGAGCAGCAGCUGUCAGGUCCCGCAGAUGUGAAAGACAGAGCCGAGUUGGUCGAGCAAGAGUGUCGUGCGUCUCCACCCACACUCCACACUGCGCUGUUUCACUUGGACCACAUGAGGUCUCGUCAGAACUACGUGAAGCUGAUCAAGAAAUGGGUUGAUGAGCUGGCACUGUCCGGUCGUCUCAUAUUCUGCCACAGAUUCAUCCUCAUAUUAAUGCAGGGGGAAGCUCAGUCCAUCAAAGAGUACUUGGUCAGGAACAGAACGACCAACGUGGAUGUGGACAGCAGAGGGAGAAGCUGUAAGGAGAGGAUGCUCACUGUUUUGUUUGACGGGCCUCUGGAACAUCACAGCAAAAUAGAAGGCUUUGAGGUGAUGGACGGCCCACUGAACCAGGCACAGCUCCAGAAGCUGUUUGUCUCCUUUGGUCUAGACUCUAUGUACAGUCAGUCUGUGGCGGGAGUCCGGUGACCUUUGUUCUAGACUCUGUGUACUGUCAGUGAGUCCGGUGACCUUUGGCCUAGACUCUGUGUACAGUCAGUCUGUCUGGUGACCUUUGAACUACGAGAAUGAGCUGUCUCUGCGUUUGUGAAAGAAAUCGAAUGAACUUUGAACUGCUGUAUGUGAUCAAAUGAAUUGUCUUUAUGUCUGAAAGGAAUCAGAUGACCUUUGUACUAUGUGAAUGAAUUCUGACUCUGGUCCUCUGCCUGCAAGAGCCAAGAGAAGAGUUACUAAAACCUUCACCAUCAUGCCACUUACUGGCACGUGUGGUCCAUGAAUAAACUUUGACGUCUCGGCUAGUCUUUACGUUUUUGUCAAAGAAAUCAGAUAAAUUUCAGACAAAAUAACAUAACAAUAUAAAAUGUUUAAAAUUAGUUUAAUAGACACAGCUCAACAUUUUGCCUCUUGGGCUUCCUCAGGUGCAACUGAGAGAAAAACUAAAUGGGCGCUGUAUACUAGCAGGGACAUGGGCCUAUCAAAUAGGGUCUUAAGAUUACGUGUGGUUACAGGCUAGACGGAAGUGACUCAUCAGAGCGAGCCAGGCCAAGGGGCUAGUUAGAAAGAAGUGACAUAGCAUAGGGCCUACUGGAAUGAGUAAUCCGCUUAUAUAUUUGGACAUCUCUGUUCCAUGAAGUGUAUGUGUGCUUGUGUGUACCUGUUCUUGCUUGUGUGUUGUAUGUGUGCCUGUGUGUUGUAUGUGUGCUUGUGUGUACAUGUACUUGCCUGUGUGUUGUAUGUGUGCUUGUGUGUACAUGUACUUGCCUGUGUGUUGUAUGUGUGCUUGUGUGUACAUGUUCUUGCUUGUGUGUUGUAUUGGGACAUGUAUGUCAUGUAUCAGAUAGACCUAUAUAUGGAUUGUUUGGUUUUGUUGAGUCUGUUUUUUUAUUUCGCCAUGUUGGUGAUUAUUGUGUGCCUAUCAGUCGAUUUGUUUGUGAAGAAUGCUUUAAGUUUUGUUUAGAAAUAAACCCAAAGUCUGUAGUCAU